AUGGCAGAUAAAAAGACAAUACAUAUAAAAAAACAAGAACUUAAAGAAGUGAAAAUUGGUAAAAAAGAAGAUGGAAAAGAGAUUGUGAUGGACAUAAAAAUAGAAAAAGAUAGUCAAGAUGCAAAUUUUGAUAAGUUGGAAAAGGGGCAAUUGUCAAAUGAUAUGAUAGAGAUAAAUUUUAAACUUCCAAAAGACAUAGACUUUGGUGGCGAUAAAUCAGAAAAACCAAGUGAUAAGACUCUCAGUACUGAUAAACACA